AUGACGCCGUGCUACGUCUGCAACAGCACCGGCCACAACUGCCGCGCCCUGCCACAGCGGCGAGCUAGUCUCGACGAGGAGGCGAUCCCCACCACGGAGAUGAGUGGCAACGCUCUCAACAAUGGCACCGAGCCCACAGAAACGUACGAAGAGUACCAGCCGAUGGGAGUCGAGGACACUGACUUUGUGCUGUAUGUCAGCGCCUUGGAGACGGAGAGGUGCAGGCGGGGCCUCAUGGUGGCGUACGCGUCUCAUUGCCAGCAGGAGUCGGCCCUGGACAGGCCCGUGGCGGGCCAUGCGAACUUCUGUCCCGGUGAACUGUCGACGAACUACAGGGAUCUCCCGUCGGUGCUCUCUGUGGUCAAGCACGAGAUGCUGCACGCUCUCGGCUUCACUGUGUCUCUCUUCGGUUUCUAUCGCGACGACAAUGGGGAACCGCUGACUGAGAGGAGACCUGACACAGGAGACCCACCUUUGGACGAGGAGCUCCAGAUCCACAAGUGGUCUUCGCGCGUGGUCCGCAACGUGACCAGGAGGAACUGGAUGGUGAGGGGCGGCUACGUGGAGCGCACCUUCAACAUGGUCGUCACGCCCAGGGUCGUGAAAGAGGUUCGUGAACACUUCAACUGUUCCAAGCUCGAGGGUGCCGAGUUGGAAGACCAGGGCGGAGAUGGCACGGCCCUCACCCAUUGGGAGAAGAGGGUCUUCGAGAACGAGGCGAUGACCGGCACCCACACGCAGAACUCCGUGUUCAGCCGCGUCACGUUCGCCAUGCUCGAGGACACCGGCUGGUACCGCGCCGACUACAGUUACGCGGCGCCCCUCGACUGGGGCAGGAACCUCGGCUGCGGCUUCGCCAUGGCCUCCUGCAAGCAGUGGCUGAACGCGCAAAGGUUGAGACGAAAGAGUCCGGCGCCUUUCUGCGAGAGGGUCAAGGGUGAUCCGCUCCGGACGGAGUGCUCGCCCAGGAGGACCGCCUUGGUCCUCUGCAACCUGGUCCGCCACGACACCAUUUUGCCCAGGGCCUACCAGCACUUCGACCUGCUGCCGAACGUGCCGCCCGGGGAGGAGGCCCACUACGGCGGCUCCGUCUCCCUGGCGGACUACUGCCCCUACCUGCAGGAGUUCACCUGGAAGCAUAAGAGCGUCCUCAUCCGGGGCAGCCGCUGCUCCUACGAGGAGAACACGCCAAAGACGGACGUGAAUUUCGCCUUGGAGAACUACGGGCCCCACUCCAAAUGUUUCGACCACAGCGACAGGGUAUGGGAGCAGAAGUCAUGCAGACAGAUUAGGGAGUGGCAACACUGGGGCUCCGGUUGCUACAAGUACAAAUGCCAGAGCGGUAGACUUCAUAUAAUGGUGGGCAACUACUCGUACACCUGCUACUACGCGGGGCAGGUGCUCCAGGUGCGGAUAAUGCAGCGGGGCUGGCUGCACCGCGGCGGCGUGGUCUGCCCGCCGUGCAGGGAGCUCUGCGCCGAGGAGUUCGCGUCUCGGGAGGAGUACUGCAAAGGGGGCGAGGAGGCGCCGCCACCGAACCUGUAUCCGAACGACAUGUUGGUUUGCCGCGCUUCGCUCCCGCCCGCCGCCAUCUUGCCGGCCGCCAUCUUGUCCGCGGCCGCCAUCUUGCUGUCGUGCGUGACGCUC